AUGGCUAUCCGAGAUACAGAGAUGCUGCCCGAUGGAUUUAGGCAGAUAGAUUUCUGUACUCUCGCCAUAAGAUUAGAUGAAAUCGAAUAUGAGCCUCCAACACCCCCUGUACGAGAUAUAGUGGGCGGAGCUGGCUCAUUUGCUGCUAUCGGUGCUCGCAUUGCUGCUGGUAGGGAACACUCCCGCUCAGUCGGCUGGAUCGUGGACAUCGGCUAUGACUUUCCAGAGCAUGUCAGGGGCCUGAUUGGCAGCUGGGAGACGCAUUGUGUCUUUCGGGAAGAUAUGAACAGGCAAACCACUAAAGGGUGGAACGGCUAUGAGUCUAAUGAGAAGAGAGCAUUCAAGUAUCUCACCCCCAAGAUACAAAUUGUCCCAGAGACACUCACCGAGGAGCUUGUGCUUUCAAAUACUUUCCAUAUGUCAUGCUCUGCGGAUAGGUGCUAUAGUAUAGUACAGGGAGUACUGGCAAGACGGCACGUGCUAAGUGAGAGGUAUAAGGUAAAGCUACGGCGGCCAAUAUUCGUCUGGGAGCCAUUUCCGGACUCAUGUCGUCCAGAGGAGCUUCCAAGAUUCUACGAGGUAAUUCGUCACGUAGAUGUGGUGAGCCCAAAUGAUCAUGAGAUGGGGAGCUACUUUAGCAAUGAAUCAUGGCAAUAUGAUAAUCCCAGAGACCAGGAGAUAUGCCGGUCUAUUGUCAAGUCGGGCAUAGGUAUAGAUGGGAACGGGGUACUAGUUGUUCGGGCAGGACGGGAUGGGUGCUAUGCCUUUUCUCGAGACGACCAGCUUGCAUUGCCUGCAUACCUGGACUCAAAGGCAGUAGAUCCAACUGGUGCUGGUAAUUCGUUCCUCGGAGCCCUUUGCCAGGUACUCGCGGGAUCUAAUCGCACACCUAUACUUGCCUGCCGUGGGGUUAUGGAUGAAUCUGAAAACUGGAAAGCAAUCUGCGCUGCAUGGGACGACAGAGGGAAUAUUCUAGCUGGAUUGAUAUGCGCCACUGUCGCGGCAAGCUAUGUAAUCGAGCAAGUAGGCGUUCCCAUCCUUUCCUUUGCGCCUAACGGCGAGGAACGCUGGAACGGGACGAGCUAUGUCGAGCGAGUCCGUCACUACACCAAACAUCUUGUGGACACGAAGGACUCCCACAGGAGACAGAACAUUGGAAUGGCUGAAUGA